AAUCGACCCCCAAAAAGGAUAAAUCUGUGCACAGUGUAAAGUCUGUGGCCUGCGCACUUGUUGCUGGUGCGCUCAGGUGAGAUGGCGCACAUGGCACCCAUGACGCGCACAUUUCGCUGCAAGUAAAGCACAACAUGGAGCCACACGCUGGAUAACGGCACCUGAAUUUCCACCCUAUCGUCAAUCGCAUUUCAUCUGGAUUCGAAACAGUUUUCGUGAAAGGGAAACCACGGAGGAAGAAAGCAAAACAAAACAUGUUCACGAUCAACGGGAUUCUGAGCGCAGGGGCAGCGCCAAUUGGGAGUCGCGGUCCCCGGGGAGUGUUCUCCAAGUCAAGGCAGAAUCCUAGAGCUUCUCGGAUAUAUUUUGCGUGUGUUUUGCUGCUUUUGCUGGUAACACCACGAGUGGAUUCUUCAUGGUGGUACAUAGGUGCAUUGGGUGCCCGUGUCAUCUGUGACAACAUUCCAGCCUUAGUGAACAAGCAGCGGCAACUUUGCCAGCGCCACCCCGACAUCAUGCAGGCCAUCGGUGAGGGUACAAAGGAAUGGAUCAGAGAGUGCCAGCAUCAGUUCAGACACCAUCGCUGGAACUGCAGCACGCUAGAGCGCGAUCACUCUGUGUUUGGACGUGUCCUACUGAGAAGCAGCCGUGAAGCAGCUUUCGUCUACGCCAUCUCCUCCGCCGGAGUGGUGUAUGCACUUACACAUGCGUGCAGCCAAGGAGAACUCAAAAUGUGCAACUGUGAUCCACAUAAACGCGGUCGACACAAGGAUGAGAGAGGAGAAUUUGACUGGGGUGGGUGUAGUGAUAAUAUCAACUAUGGGAUCAGGUUUGCCAAAGCCUUCAUAGACGCCAAAGAGAGGACAGUCCGUGAUGCACGGGCGCUUAUGAACCUGCACAACAACCGCUGUGGCAGAACUGCCGUGAAGCGUUUUAUGAAGCUGGAGUGCAAAUGUCAUGGUGUGAGCGGCUCUUGCACACUGCGGACCUGCUGGAUGGCCAUGUCGGACUUCAGAAAAACCGGCGACUACCUGAGGCGGAAGUACAACGGAGCCAUCGAGGUGACGAUGAACCAAGACGGAACAGGCUUCACUGUUGCCAAUAAAGCCUUUCGGAAGGCCACCAAGAAUGACCUCGUCUACUUUGAAAACUCACCCAAUUAUUGUCUGCCGGACAAAUCAGCAGGUAUCAUCGGCACCGCCGGGAGGCUGUGCAACAAGACAUCGCACAGCCCAGAUGGAUGUGAGGUCAUGUGCUGUGGACGGGGCUAUGACACCACCAGAGUUCAGCAAUUGACCAAGUGUGAAUGCAAAUUCAAAUGGUGCUGCGCCGUGCAAUGCAAAGACUGCAUGGAAGCUGUGGAUGUGCACACAUGCAAAGCCCCUAAGCGAGCUGAAUGGUUGGACAAGACCUGAGAGUACGCCCCUCCUAAACCCACACAGUAUCCUGUGAUGGACCCCCACCCCUUUCCCCUUUGCAGGCUAUCCUGCAGAAGACGGCAUUCUAGAAAAGUGUGUCUGAAAGUGCUCUGCAUCGUCGCCAUCCCCCCGUCCCAUCUCAGUUCUUCAUUGCAUGGCUUAUGUACCCGUCUGUGUCAAACUCAAUACUCAUCCAUACAUACAAACCCAUUAGCCCCUGUUUGCAAACUGCUGCGAUCGGAGGAUGAACUGUGAAAAAGUGCAAACUUGGGCUUUAGAAGGAUAGGCCUUAAAGUGUCAGUCCAGUGGAACUUUUUUCUCUAGGUGUUUUUGUUCUGGGUUUGAAAUGGCUUGCUGUUUUCGUAAUGCUCAAAGACACAUUCUUAACUAAAAUGAGCCUUUGAACCAGUAUUAUAGCAACAAUGUGAUAUAGUCGUAUAUUUGCUUUUAAUUUUUUGAAAGCAGAAGUCAAUUGUGUAAUCCCAGCAACAUUUUUUUAUUAGACUUUGUGCACUUUGACCAGUGGACAUUGAAGCUAAAGAAGUCAAAAAGAGGACUGAUGGAGAACAUGGAGAUGGAUAUUAUUUGAAUAAAUGGACAAAUGAGUCAUUGACAUGCAUUUGAAUGCAAUACUGUAAGGGAAUAAGGACAACCUUUUUAAUGAUUUAUUUAAAUACUACUAAUUGUUGGUUUUCCCCAUGUUUCGAUGUGAUGCACUAAUGACUAUUACAAGGAGAGCACUCUUGUUACUAUACAGAAGCAAAUAGAGUCAAAUAAGUGGCAGAGACAAUUUGUGUUUGCAAAAAUAAUUUGUGCUCAUAAAAAAAUCUUUAUGCACUCGUAAAAAAAAGAAUUGUUUGCAAAAGUAAUCUUUGCGGCUGCAAAAAUAUUUCUUGUGUGUGAAAAUAACAAAAAACAACAAAAACAAAGAAACAAAAUUGUUUUGCGCACUCGUUAAAAAAAAAAAAAUGUUCCAAAACAAAUUUACAUCAGUUGCCACUCAGUGGUGGUGGGAUUGUGGGUGCAAAUGGCUGUCUGUCUCUGUGUGAGCCUUACAAGGAACUGGCAACCAGUUUAGGGUGUAGUCCACGUUACCCCCGAUGUCAGCUGGGAAAAGCUCCAGCACCCUGCGACCCUGACAAGGAUAAAUGGUGUUGAAAAUAGAUUAAUUAAAAAAAAGAUAAAUCACACUCACAUAAAAUAAUUGUGUAAAGAAAAUUUUGCAAGCACAAAACAAUAAUUUCACACACAAAAAUGUAUUUACAAGUAUACAAAUAUUUUUGUGGAGACAAAAUGCAAGGGUGUAGUUUUGCAUAGGGACGGUAGGGACAUAACACUAGCAACUUUUCAGGAUGCUCAAAUUGUCCCAGCCAACUUUUAAGCAACGUUGUUUGCAUUAUAUAAUGACUUCAGUUAUAUAGGUCAUUUAGAUUGUCUUCCUAUAUGUUGUAAGGAUAGAAUUGAUCCUGCCAUUAUUAAGUGAAUUACAGUACUCUCAUUAUGUUCAGACUUACACUGACCCCUUUUCACUUGCUGAAUGUGCCAGUCCAUUUUUCCCCUGAAACGCACGUUUGAUUGGCUGAUGAUUUGACCCCCCCCACACACACACACAUUCAUAGCCCGACAGAAAUAACACAUGUCGCCUCCCCCGCCCCCUUCAAAGACGAGGGAUAUUAGAAGUUUCUUUCUGCCAGCAGCAGCCACUGUCAGUAAUGUAAAAAGACGUCAAUGUUGUGGAGAUGGGGAACACUCCACUUAUUUUGCUACUGCUACAGUGCUUCAAGUCGAUUUUACUCACUGAGAUUUCUUGAAAUAAGAAAAAGAGCUAGCUGAAAAUAAGCUUAACAGACUUUUUUUUCCUUUUAAGCAAAAAGUUUGUGUAUUUAAUAGCGCUGUCAAAAUUAUCGCGUUAACAGGCGGUAAUUAAUUUUUUAAAUUAAUCACGUUAAAAUAUUUGACGCAAUUAAUGCACAUGCCCCGCUCAAACAUAUUAAAAUGACAGCACAGUGUCAUGUGCACUUGUUACUUGUGUUUUUUGGUGUUUUUUUCGCCCUCUGCUGGCGCUUGUGCGACUGAUUUUAUGGGUUUAAGCACUCUGAGCAUUGUGUUAUUAAUGACAUCAACAAUGGCGAGCUACCAGUUUAUUUUUUGAUUGAAAAUUUUACAAAUUUUAUUAAAACGAAAAAAUUAAGAGGGGUUUUUAUAUAAAAUUUCUAUAACUUGUACUAACAUUUAUCUUUUAAGAACUACAAGUCUUUCUAUCCAUGGAUCGCUUUAACAUAAUGUUAAUGUUAAUGCCAUCUUGUUGAUUUAUUGUUAUAAUAAACAAAUACAGUACUUAUGUACAGUAUGUUGAAUGCAUACAGUAUAUCCGUCUUGUGUCUUAUCUUUCCAUUCCAACAAUAAUUUACAGAAAAAUAUGGCAUAUUUUAUAGAUGGUUUGAAUUGCGAUUAAUUACGAUUAAUUUUUAAGCUGUGAUUUAAAAUGUUUUAAUUGUUUGACAGCCCUAAUAUUUAAUCUUAAGAAUCUUAAAAGACAAACUUGCUAGUCAGAAAUUUUCUUAAUUCAAGAAUAUUGUUCAAAAUAUUAUUUGAAUUUUUUUUUCUUGAUUUAGGUGAAAGUUGGCCAACUUUCAGAUGUAUGGGCUCAAUAGUAAUAUUUACUUAAAGUAAGUGGAAGAAUCUGACACAAUAAUCUGUUAACUAGCCUUUAACACUCAAAACAAGAUGGAGAAAAUUAUUUGACUAGAUUAAAAAAAAAAAAAAAUCAGAUUAAGACAUUAUAAAUUUGCAGUGUGAAAGUUAGUAUAGGUCAAUACAGAUUUAUUUUGCAUUAAUCAUUUAGCUUAUCAAUUAAUUAGGUUAUAUAUAUAUAGGUGAGAAAUGUAGCCCUGAACCCCAUUCACCAAAUAUGUUUAGUCUUAUUAAUGUCCCGUCCCCAGCAAAAAGUGUACAUGCAGGUUAUGCUGUCAUAUCGUCCCUACCAAUAUUAAGACCAAACCUACUCCCUUGAGUAAAUGUUUUUACGAGCACAAAUUAUUUUUUACAAACAACAUUUUUUUUUGUGAACACGAAUUGUCUCUGGCACUAAUUUGACUCAAUAGGAGCUAUCCUGGUUCGACAAUCAGUCACACAAAAGUCACAAAUCCUAAACACAUUUGACAACUUUGUUCUUGAGCUUCCUUGUAUAACUUUUUGUACUAUAUUCAAGUACAGAUGUUCAUAUAAAAUAUAUAGUAUAUUAGUAUGACACUAGAUCUAUGUCUCUUUUUUUUAUGAGUUAAAAAAGAGCACAGAUUGAACAGAUUAUAAAUGGGUGAUUUAUCAGAAAAUACAUUGUGAAGUUAGAUUAGAUUAGCAGCAAACAAAUAAAUGACAUCGAAAACAGAACAAGUGCUAGUGAACAAGUGUUAUUACACUUGAAACCAGACGUUUACAUACACCACAUAAAAAAGGUGUUUUUCCCCCUCACUGUUUAACAUGAAUUAGGGCAAUUCUUUUCCUGUUUUUGUUCGGUUUGGGGGGGAAAAAUAGUAUUUUCAAACGUUUAGAACAAUAAGAAACUGAUUAUGUCUGUUUUGUUUUUAACCAUUUUUUCUCCCAAAAUCUGAAGCACCUGGGUAUGACCUGGGUCAAAGAUUUUGGUGCUUUCUCACAGCAGUUGGCAGGAUUUUUGGCCUGUUUGGCACCUAACAGAGUUAAUGUAAAGGAAUUGUGUUUUUAGGCCAUGUUUCUCACACAUGCCUAAGUAUGCCAAUUAAUUUUUAAUAUAAUUCACUUUAAUUCAGUUUGGAAUUUGUGAUGAGGAAUCAAAAGCAUUGACUUUGUUAUCAUUUCAACCACUUUGCAACCAGUCGGGCAAUAUUUAAAGGGUCAAUGACCAGCUUUAUAAUUACAAUGUAAUGUCGUCUUCCCAUGAUCCAGUCUAUUUUGUCAAGUGCACUAGUCCCUAAAGCAAAUGCCAGCCUUGUAUUCUACAAUUUCGUUGGUUGUUCUGCAGUCAUGCAAAAUUGCUCCUCUUUACUUGAAAUGAAACAAUGCUCAUGACAGACAGUUAAAUUUAGUUCUGUUCAGACCACUGGACACGUGUUAAAAAAUUAAGGUAUUUGCCCCACGGUGCAUUUUAAAACUGUAACCUGGUUUUUUAAUGUCUUUUUUUAAGAAAAGGCAUCUUCCUGUAGAUUGGUCUUUCAACCCAUGUCGAUACAGUACUUGAUUUGCUGUAGACACACUUUUACCGUACAGUAGUUGAUUUGCUGUGAACACUUUUACCAGCUGCAAUUGCAAUCUUCAUAAGGUCAUUUUAUUUGCUUUUGUUCUUGAUUUUAAUUGCACAUUUCGGACACAAUUCUUUUCUGAACUUAAUAAUGGUUGGACUUUCCCUUCGAAUGGGUUAAAUAGAUGAAUGAUGCCCAUUCAGAUAUAUAGAAAUUGCAACAGACGUGUGUAUGUCACAAGUCCAGGAAACUGAUGAAUAUACAGUAGUUUGCCAAAAUAUUACAUUAUUUAUUGGGUUUUCGCCACACUGUUUAAUGGCAUGGUAA